CAUUACCAAACCAUUCAACAUGAUCUUCAAGCUUCUUCUCGUUUUCUCAGCUGUACUAAUUUCAGCACACCAGACCAGCGCUGCAACAGACAAAAUCAUCUGCUUCUUUGCCAGCUGGGCUGGUUACAGAAACGGCGAUGGCUCCUUCAAACCAAAUAACAUCGACCCCAAUCUUUGCACCCACGUUUUCUACGCUUUCUUGGGCGUAGACACCGACGGAAGUCUCAAAAUUCUGGAUUCUUGGAACGAAAUAGACCUAGGUGGCCUUCAAAAUGUAGAAAGUUUGAAAUCAGUGAAUCCAAACUUAAAAGUACUUGUCAGCAUUGGUGGUUGGAAUGCUGGAAAUGCUAUUCUAAAUGGAGUCGCUGCAUCUUCUACACUUAGGGCUAAUUUGAUUGCGAGCUGCAUCUCAUUCUUCCAACAAUGGGGCUAUGAUGGUAUUGAUAUCGAUUGGGAAUAUCCAGUCAACAGUGAUAAGGCAAAUUUUGUCAAACUUUUGCAAGAAAUGAGAACCGCAUUUGACGCAAACAAUUAUCUGAUAUCUGUGACCGUGUCUGCCACUCCCCUUUCUUCGUAUGAUGUACCACAAAUUACAGCUGUUGCAGAUUUGAUUAACAUCAUGAGCUACGACUACCAUGUAGCCGGACAAGGAGGAGUCACUGGUCAUAACGCUCCACUUUAUGGACCCGAAAGUGUUAAUACUUCUGUUCACGCAUGGUUGGAUGCUGGAGCUGACAGCGCCAAACUAAGUCUCAGCGUACCAUUCUAUGGACAUUCUUUCACUCUCGCUGAUGAAACCAAACACGGAAUUGGAGAUUCAGCAACCACUGGAAUUGGUGGUCCCUUGACCCAAAGUCCCGGUGUGUUGGGUUACAAUGAGAUUUGCGAAUACUAUAAUGACUGGACUAGAGUUUGGGACGAUGAAGCUCAAGUUCCUUACAGCUACGAUAGCUUCAACUGGGCUAGCUUUGACGAUCCAGAAUCUAUUGGAAUAAAGGCCAAGUACGCUGCUGACAAUGGACUGGCUGGUGUUGCUAUUUGGUCUAUUGAUACUGAUGAUUUCCAUGGAUCUUGUGGUACUGUAGACGUGUUGCUCCAAGCUAUCAAAAAUAACAUUGAUUAAAAUAUAUUUGUAUCCAACAUUCGUCAAUAAAACAUUUUUAAGAAAAAUAAAA